UUUAAAUACUAAGUCCACUGCAAGCAAAGUUCCAUGCGUUGAGAGAUGGACUGCAGUGAAUGCAUUUUGCUGAUCAUUUCUUUUUGCUGUGCUGGGGGCAUGAGCUCUGGGUUGGAAAAAACGGUCUAUGGAAGCCUGGGGGGCCCAUCGCUGCUGAACAUAACGCCCGAACUUCAGAAUUUUACUGUGCAAUUUAGAGACGCUCGAUGGAAACGAAGUGCAUCGAAUGGAGGCACGAAGACAUCUACCUUUCUAGCUAGCUAUGAUGGAAAAAAUUAUACCAAUUACAUGAAGGAGCGGAUCAAGUUUCAUCCCGACAACUUCUCCUUGGAAAUACUGAAAACCAUGAGAACGGACGCAGGGCACUAUGAAUACACAGUGACCAAACACUCUGAGGAACAGUCUUUGCAGUUCCAGUUGGAAGUAUAUGAGCGGGUGUCCGUCCCCGACAUCCAGAUGGUCAGCAGGACCCUGGGGAACGAGAGCUGCAGCAUGAACCUGAGCUGCGUGGUGAACAGCGGGGACAACGUGACCUACAGCUGGAACUGCAGCGAGGGCAACACCUCCCAGCUGCACCCCUACAAUGACAGCUUCCUGCACCUCUCCUUCACCCCGGGGGAGGGCAGCGUCUCCUGCUCCUGCACCGCCAGGAACAGAGUCAACCAGCAAACCACCAGGUUCAGCUCCUCGGUGGAGUGCAGCAACAAGACAGGCGGCUUGCUCAGGAAUGAGCUCUUGGAAUCCAUCGUGCCAAUAGCCAUUGUGGGCGUCCUGGUCUUCGGUGCAGGGAUCGCAUGCUGGCUGAGACACAGAGGCCAAGAAGAGCAUUCGCAGCUGAAGGAGGAAAAGGAAAGUUGUACAAUUUACUCACAAGUCCAGAGGGUGGAGCAGCAGAAAAGCUCUCGCUCCCCUCCUGUGGUGAAGACCUCUGAGUGCACCACCAUCUACGUCUCCGCCACCGGGCUACCUCCAGACCCGGCUCAGGGUGAGGCACUGGACCAUUUCAAACCAUUCCAAGCACAAGAGGCUGCUACUGAGAGCCUGCCCCAGAACCUCCCUCCUCCGAUGCCCCCAAAUCCAGGGGUGACGACCAUUUAUGACACCGUGAUGCCUGCAACAAGCCCCUCCCCGGGGAAUGUGCAAAAUUGUAGCCGCUCUGGAGACACCGACGGACUUUUCCCCUGCCCGCAGCAGAAACCCAUCUCUCCAGCUGGCCAAACUUUUACCCACGUCCACGCGAAAUCCCACUUGGCUCCACAGAAACGGGAUAAAACUCCACCGUGCAAUAGCGGGUGGCACAACGUGUCUCAUCCAAACCGAGACCCGCGGCUGUAAACGAGAGUCACAGAGUUCGUAACAGCAGAGCAGGGGGGAAGGAUCCAAGUGAGGCGAGACACCCACGAGGGACUUUGCUAUUGACUUUACGUGAGAGGCGCCCAAAGACAACCACGAUGGGCGGCCGUAUAAAACCCCAGGUUGGACGGAGCGAGGGACAAGCGCAGGAAAAAGAGGGGAGGAUCGCAGGUGAGACUGGCUAGGCGAGGAGACCGAGGGAGAUACAGAAAGGCUGCUCCCGGUGACCGGAGCUGCAUAGGAGAAGGUUCUCUCACCACCAGCAGCCAGAUGGUGCAAUGGCUCCGGAAAGAGGCUAAUGCUGGAGGACUAGAGGGGAGCAGAGACACUGAAUCUGUCUAUUGCAAGUUCCAUGGAGGGUUUGAAAAAUAAAGUGAACUGGAUCCUAAGGGGCUGAUCCUCAGCUGGUGUAAAUCAGCCUAGCUCCCUGGUCUGCAAUGGAGCUACAGAUUUACAUCCUCUGUGCAUUUGGCCCAUGUGAAUGCUGUCCCUGUGUAUUAUCACCCCACUGCUGAUAGGAUAGAAAUGUUAGACCUGCCUCUCAGUCCCAGAGCAGGAGCAGGCUCCAUGGGGAUUCUCCUCUGGGCAGGUUAAUCUUGAUUCAAUCAGCUUCAAUUCUCCCCUGCCUGCUUCUGCAUAGUGAAAUUCACCCCGCACUGAGGUCCAACAUGAAGCCUACACUCCAGUUUGAUCUUAAAUCCCCCCUGCUCAAUUCCCCAAACAAGCCCUCACUUGUAAUACUGGCUCUGUCCGCAGUGGGGCUUGAACCCUGGAUCUCCAAGCAUGAGUCGCCCAGCUCUGUUAUAAGCUCACCAGCCUUGCUAUGCAGACCAGCCACCCCUAGAUGGGGACAGAGUGGCACAUUCCGUAGUUGUGGUUUGCACAUAGAGCUGAUUGGAGAAAUGUCCACAAAACCGUUUUCCAUAGGAAUGUGCAGUUCUACUGACAUCAACACGCCAUGCAAAGUCAGAUCAAGUUUUUGCUGGAAUUUCAUUUCAGAAGAAAACCAGGAGGAGAAAUUCCAGUACUGUUGUAACGUCCCAUUCUGACAGUUUUUGGAACACAGCAUUUCAGUUCUUCGUUGGGAAAGGACUUUUCAUUCUGAAUUAUUUUAAAAUUUUGCAUCAGAUAUUACAAUGCAUCUCACGUAUUUGCGUUCUGCGACGGUAUUUUUAGAAAAGCUGAACUCAGAAUGAAAUGGCAUCAAAGCAAAAUGUUCCGAGUGCCCCCAAGCAAUUGCGAUUUGUCAUUUCAAUUCAGAACAAAGCCAUAUUUUGAAAUCUCGUUAAACAGCGCAUCCACCUUGCACAUGGCUCUAGUUACACAGAGCCCUCGGGCCAGCCCUCUGCGCAGGGGUGAGUUUCACCAUCAGAGAAUAGACAGCCCCUCUCAAGCCCAGAAAAUGUCCCAACCAUGGGCAGACUCAUUCCUGACGUACUUACCCCUCUGACCUGUGAGAAGGGGGAGGGAUAGUCUGAUAAAUGACACAGACUGUUUUUAAAAGGUUCUCCUGUUGCAUUAACUUGGGAGGCAACAUGGUCUAGCAGUCAGAGUGCAGUGACUAAGCAGCCAGCUUCCUGGGGUCUUGUCUUAGCUCUGCCACCAAUUCUCUAUGCGACCUUGGGUGAGUCCCUUUGCCUCCCUGUGGCUCAGUUUUUCCUCCGAGCUGUAAAAUGGGCAUCAUGAUACCAACAUACAGCAUGGAGGGAGAAUCAACGUUUGUAAAUUGCUUUGGAAACCUCAGAGAACAACUUAUGUUAUUUGUGCAGCGUGAGCUGACUGUGUGCGCCAGCUAUAGGAAAGGAGAAAAAAAUAAUAAUGCACUGACAAUAAAA